AUGAGGAGCGCGGGGUCCGCAGGCAAGGGCGGUCGCGCCAAGUCCAACUGGCCCGACACCCCCAACGCGUUUCAAACUCUAGCGCCUCGGAAACGCGACGAGCCCUCCCCCUUCUCCCCCUGGCUCGCGCGCGCGCUGCUGUUCCUCCCCGGCCUCGCCACAGGCUUCAUUCUCGGCCGCCUGCUGGGGGGAAGCGGGGGAAGCGGAAAGGCCGCAGGGGGGAAGAAGGGGGAGCUGACGGCAGGAGGCGGGGGGAGCAGUAGCGGGCGGAAGGGGGGCGGAGGCAGCGCGGGGGGGAGGUCAGCGCCAGCGUUUGGGGGGAAGGCGGAGACGGAGGGGGCGGGGGGGCUGGUGGUGGGGCGGGGGAGUGAGCUGAAAAUGGUGCUGGUGGUGCGGCAGGAUCUCAAGAUGAGUUCUGGGAAGAUCGCCGCCCAGUGUGCCCACGCAGCAGUGGGUAUUCUCACCGACCUGCAAACAAGCAAUAAGGCAUUACUGCGGCAUUACGAGGCGUGUGGGCAGCCCAAGAUAGUGGUCUCCUGCAGCAACCUCAAGGAGAUGAACGAGCUGAGAGGGAAGGCACAGCAGCACCGGUUGCCAGUCUUUACAGUCUGCGAUGCUGGCAGGACUCAGGUGGCAGCAGGGUCCAAGACAGUGCUAGCAGUGGGACCAGGUCCGUGCUCCCUCGCCUCGUUUCACUUAUCGCUUCCUCCCACCCAUACUCUUGUUCUUCUCUAG